AUGUUGAAUGAUCAACUAAAUAUAUUUUUAAAUGUUACUGAGUCUAAGGAUUUCAAUUUAAGUCAUAAAGACUAUAAUAAUACAGAGGAUUUGAAAAAUAAAAAGGAUGUUAUUAUAGAUGAACACCUACAAUCUAUUGGACUAAUCAUUUUAUUGGUUUUAUUCUUUACAAUUGUUAUUGGUAAUUUGACUGUACUUGGUGUGAUUUUUUCAAGAAAAAUCAAAACACAAAUGAAAAUAUUCAUUAUUAAUUUAGCUAUUACAGAUCUCUUUGUAGCCCUCGGUGGAAUCUUACCGGAAAUAAUUUGGAAUAUCACAAUUGUAUUUUAUGCACCAACAUUUGUUUGUAAACUAGUGAAGUAUAUGUCUACUACCAUAACAUACGGAAGCUCUUUCGCAUUAAUAGCGUUAAGUAUUGAUCGUGCAGAGGCUGUAUGUAGACCGCUCCGAGCUACCUCAUCGAAAUUUAGUAAAAAAACACAUGCCCUCAUGUUAAUCGGAUCUGCAUGGUUAGCAGCAGUGGUAUGCGGUAUACCUACAGCGUUACUAGCUCAAAAAGUUUAUGAAGGGACACAGUAUGAAAACUGUCGAUUCGACUUUAGCAGGAUUAGUCCACAAGCCUAUCUAACCUCUAUAGCAAUGUCAGUUUUUGUCAUACCAGCAUUUAUUAUAGCCACCUGUCAUAUUAUCAUCGUAAUUAAAAUUUGGAGUGCAUCCAAAUCUCGAAAAUUCAGAAUAAAUGAUCUACCAGAUUUGCGACAAAAGCGAUCUCAGGAAAAACAUCUAAGCAAUCCACUUUCUGUAACUACGAUUUCUAUAUCAAACAAAAAGCUAAGUGAAUUGUCACUCGAUAAAAAGAGUCUGCGAAUUGGAUUAUCUAGACGUAUUAACCGUAAACAUGUACAUUCCAGUUGUAUAUCCCGUGCUAAAGUGAAAACAGUCAAAAUGACUUGUCUGAUAGUCUCAACUUAUGUGAUUUGUUGGUGUCCAUUUAUGGUAUGGAACUUAAUGGUUACUUAUGGAUAUAUGAGACGAUAUGCUCCAUAUUUGAUGAAAUAUUCACCAAUUAUUCAACAUUUGGUACCACUGAAUUCAACAGUAAAUCCUGCGAUAUUUUGGAUAUUCAAUGCAGAAAACUUUAUUCGGAGACGAAGAAGAACAACUGGAAUAGUUGUGACAGAUGCAACGAAAUUUUGA